ACGGAAAAUUUUACGAUUUUUAAUUGCUAAAACAAUUAAUUGUUGAGCAACAGAAACGGGCGGUUGAGCGACCUGCACUUGGCAUGCCGGACAUAAAAAUAACACCACUCGGUGCCGGCCAGGAUGUGGGCCGCAGUUGCCUGCUUCUGACGAUGGGCGGCAAAAAUAUAAUGCUCGACUGCGGCAUGCAUAUGGGCUACAAUGACGAGCGGCGAUUCCCGGACUUUUCUUACAUUGUUCCCGAAGGACCCAUAACCAGCCACAUCGACUGUGUGAUCAUUUCCCACUUCCACCUGGAUCACUGUGGCGCUUUGCCCUACAUGUCGGAGAUAGUGGGCUACAACGGGCCCAUUUACAUGACACAUCCGACCAAGGCGAUUGCACCGAUCCUCCUUGAGGAUAUGCGAAAGGUGGCCGUGGAGCGGAAGGGCGAGUCCAACUUCUUCACCACGCAAAUGAUCAAGGACUGCAUGAAGAAGGUCAUUCCAGUGACCCUGCAUCAGAGCAUGAUGGUGGACACGGAUCUGGAGAUUAAGGCCUACUAUGCCGGUCACGUGCUGGGCGCCGCCAUGUUCUGGAUUAAGGUUGGCUCCCAAAGCGUCGUCUACACCGGCGACUACAACAUGACGCCGGAUCGCCAUCUGGGCGCUGCCUGGAUCGACAAGUGCCGACCCGAUCUGCUCAUCUCGGAAAGCACCUAUGCCACCACAAUACGCGACUCGAAGCGCUGUCGUGAACGCGACUUCCUCAAGAAGGUGCACGAAUGCGUGGCGCGUGGCGGUAAAGUGUUGAUACCGGUCUUUGCCCUGGGGCGGGCCCAGGAGCUGUGCAUACUGCUGGAGACCUACUGGGAGCGCAUGAACCUCAAAUAUCCCAUCUACUUUGCCCUGGGCCUCACCGAGAAGGCCAACACGUACUACAAGAUGUUCAUAACAUGGACGAACCAGAAGAUUCGCAAGACAUUCGUCCAUCGUAAUAUGUUUGAUUUCAAGCACAUAAAACCAUUCGAUAAGGCUUACAUUGAUAACCCCGGUGCUAUGGUUGUGUUUGCCACUCCUGGCAUGUUGCAUGCCGGCCUCUCGCUGCAAAUAUUCAAAAAGUGGGCGCCCAACGAGAACAACAUGGUCAUCAUGCCCGGCUAUUGUGUCCAGGGCACCGUGGGCAACAAGAUCCUCGGCGGUGCGAAGAAGGUUGAGUUCGAAAAUCGUCAGGUGGUUGAGGUCAAAAUGGCAGUGGAGUACAUGAGCUUUUCGGCGCACGCCGAUGCCAAAGGCAUAAUGCAGCUCAUUCAAAACUGUGAGCCGAAGAACGUAAUGCUCGUCCAUGGGGAGGCGGAGAAGAUGAAGUUUUUGCGAUCGAAGAUCAAGGACGAGUUCAAUUUGGAAACUUACAUGCCCGCCAAUGGCGAGACCUGUGUGAUCUCCACGCCCGUUAGAAUACCCGUAGACGCUGCCGUUUCCCUGCUAAAGGCCGAGGCUCGGUCGUACAACGCUCAGCCGCCGGAUCCGAAGCGACGACGACUCAUCCACGGCGUACUGGUGAUGAAGGACAAUCGAAUAAUGCUGCAAAAUCUAACAGAUGCCCUCAAGGAGAUCGGCAUCAAUCGGCAUGUUAUGCGCUUCACGUCCAAGGUGAAAAUUGAUGAUCCCGGUCCAACGGGGCUUACCAGCGAACGACUGAAGACACUGCUGGAGGAAAAACUAGUCGGCUGGACGGUGGCACUGCAAGAAAAUGGUUCCAUUACCAUUGAAUCCGUUGAGGUGAAGGUCGAGGAGGAUGCCAAGGAUCCCAAGCAGAAAACCCUGCUGAUUUCAUGGACCAACCAGGACGAGGACAUCGGUGCCUACAUACUCAAUGUACUGCAGAAUAUGUGCUAGAUCCUGGCCACGGAGCCCAACGAAACUCCCCGACAUAUAUGCCUUAAUUCCAUAGUUUGCUAAGCACAAAGGGUUGAUUGAUAUCGUUUUCUGAAUAUCUAAAUGAAUGGAAAAAAUGAAAUAAAAGAAAUAAUCCGAUAUCC